AGAAGUGAAUAUAAAGAAAAUAUUUAAUAAUUUGCUGUUCACGUUUAGAAAUCGAAAAAAUUCGUUGACAAACGCGCAGCUUGUUUUAAAGAUUAUAAUAUAAGAGAACAAGUUUACACAAAUAUAUACAUACAUAUAUACAUAUGUAUAUGGAGGUUGGAUGGGAACAGGCACAUCUUGUGAGUUCUUGAAAUUCUCGCCAAUUAAAAGUGAUUGCGAACAUUGUCUAAUUCAGUACAUAUGUGAAAAGAAAAAAAAAAUAACUUCUUUUGCAAGGAAUUUUCGCUGUUAAGCUCUCAAUUUUGCUAUUUUAGCAGAGGUCCAAUCGCCAACCGAAUUGCUGUAUUAAUUGACUCGUAACAGCAUUUAAUGAUUGUGUGCAAUAAAACUAUCGCCAGUGCUUCCGCCACAGCCACCAGCAAAGCGCUCCGCAAUCGCUCGUAAGGCCGCUCACUCGAUCCUUUGAUAUUUACGUGCUCUCUAAAUCUCUUUGCUCCGCUGAGGCGUACGCUUAUGUUUCAAUCUGUACUGUGACGCUAAGAGGAAAAAAUUUUAAAAUUUAAAUACAUACAUACAUACGUAGCUGUUUGUAGCACUGCCAAUAGCGAGGGUCCACGUCCACACAACCACAACUACGCACAUCACCGGUAGUUAACCACACAGCCCCAUGAUGUUGUACGUGUUCCAUGUCGAUGUGGGACGCAUGAUGUCCUUUGACAUGACGGUGGCACUGUCUUCGGUCGAAAACCUCAAGGAUACUAUCGAGCGUCUUCAUGGCAUACCGGCUGCAAAUAUUGUACUGUUGGUCAGCGGCGGUGAGAUGUUGGCCCCGAAUACACAAGUCUCUUACUAUUCGGCUGGCACCGAUACGAAUCCCAUCUAUAUGUUUUUGACUGGUGAGCCACGCACGCCGCCGCCACUGCAACCGAGCGAGCCCGAUCGAGAUUUGAGCGAACAGGUGGAGCGCUGCAAGCAACUGCCACCAAUCUAUUCUUCGGUGGAAAAGCGCGCUCAACUGGCGUUGAAGAUGUACGAGUAUGCCCGCGAUGAGGAGCGUCUCUCCGAGCGUCUGGUGCACGAGCAGCACCUGCAGCAGCAAGGUUGGUCGGCUGUUGUGGCCAAUAUGGAAGAUCUCAUCGAUGAAUUUCGGUCGCGUUUCAAAAAUUUCUGUUCGGCUUUUGAUCGGCAUCUAGAAAAUCGCGACAACUAUUUAGAAUUGUUGAAUAAUUUCAACGAUGAUCUGACCAUGUUGGCACGCAUUCCCAUUUUGCCUGGCUUGAUGCCUUUGGCUGAAGAAGAUUUCCACGGAUUCGAUGAGUUUCUGGAGCCAGACGAUGUAUUCUCACGGUCUCAUUCAACACAAGAAUCGGUGCUAGUGGCAGGCGGUGUACCUGCACAACAAGCGGCUAGCGGUGGACAAGCUGUAGCGACAGAUGUAGGCAGAGAGGAUAACGCCACCUCUGAUGACAAAAGCUCAACAUCACCCAACAAGAAACUGAAAAUGGGCACAGAUUCCGUUGACGAUACGACGACGACGGCGGUGGCGGUGACGGUGACGAAAACGACAACCACAACGACCACAUUGAUGGCUGUCGUCAAUCAUCAGAGUUCAUCUAGCAACAGCACGCGCCCCAAGCUCAAUCUCUUACAGUGGAUCACAUCCAAAGAAAACCAAAAUCGUUUGAUAAUCAUGUGUGACGAGUGUGUCCAAGGUCUUGGUACCUUCGACAAGGAUGUUUAUGCUCAGCUCAAGAACGAAGUUCAACAUAUCCUGAAACAAGCCGAGCAGCCCGAUGUUAAGGAGAUAAAGGGCUUGAGUGAUCGGCUCUGCAAACUGGAGGAUUUCAAGUAUAAGGUCAAGCGUAUGGUGCUAGAUCAAAAGGAACUCUCCACUGCUUUCCAGCAAAAUCAAAGUCGGGUCAACAAUUUGCGAGAUCCCUCCAUACUGCCGGACCUUUGCGAUUCGCAUCAAUCGCAGUUGGCUGUAAUGGUUGGCAACCAUCAGAAAAUCCGCGAGCACCGACGCAUCAUUGCCAGAGCAAAAGACGAGCUGGGCGUUAAUCUACACAUGCGCUUGAAUCGCAUUGUGCACGUUGAGAACAGCAUGAGCGAGUUCGAUAAUCGACUGUUGUUCUAUCUGCGUUGUCUACGCCGUGCCGAGCGGCAUAUACAGAUCAUCGAACAAAUACACCAGGCGCCAUGCAUUUAUGUGGCUGCCGUAACAGAGGUGGUGCGUCGCAAAAUCUUCUCCGGUGAGUUUCGUUUGUGGGCCUCUAAACUCGCCGAAGACUUCGAUAUCAUUCACAGCGAAGAGAUCAAGCGAAGGCAGCAAUUCAAUGCUAAUUUCGAUGGACACUUCCUGAACAUACUAUUCCCCGGUAUGAACGAUAUGCCGCCUGCUUUUGCCAACGAAACACCCUUGCUUUUCGAUGCGCGCUUGCCGAACAUAACCAAGUCUGACAUUGAUGUAUUGUCAUCCCACCUGCCAGACCUGGCUCCCGAGAUCCAGCUACCCGACAUGGGACCUGUGAUAAAUUUUUUCGUCUCACGUUCGGGCCCGCACCAAAAGGAGCGCAUGGAAGAGCUGCUGCGCCAUCAAGUUGCUGCCGUGUUAGGCGGCUCGUUGUCUGUGGAGGUAGCGUCGAGUGCAAUGAGUACUGGCGAGAAGCCAUUACAGCAUCCCAGACUCGGCGAGUUGCAAAAAAUCGGCGUUGGCUGUGAGGGUUCCGAAACGGAUACGGAGGCUGAAUUUGAGAAGUUGCCAGUAACAGCAGAUGAGGUAGCGGAAUCAGAAGCUCCAAUGUUCACCACACAAGCGACAUCUACUAUAGUCAUAGAAACAGUUGCGCGCAGCGCAGCCACUUCGAUUUUGUUAAUGCAAAGCGCAGAGACGCUCACAGACGAAACGGAAUCGUCUGCUCGUGCUGAGGUAGAGCGUUUGCGUGGCAUCUUAAGCGCUAUGUAUAAGCUAUCGUCGGAAUGCAUACGCUUGUCACGCGCUGACUUGGAACACUGCCGCACCGAAACCGCGACUUAUCGCGAAGAUCUCCAAUCCGAACUACAAAUGCUCCACGAUCAGUGGAAUUUAAUACGCAUGCAAAGCGAGCAGCGCGAACAGCAGUUGCUGCAAACGAAAGAACUGCUUAAUGACACAGUGCAGCAGCAUAACAGUGAGCUUGCCAUUUUGCGUCAACAGCUUUGUGACACAGAAGUGUUGCACUCAAAACUGGAGGAAUUAAAGGAACAACUCAAUGCAGCCCAUAUGGAACAGCAACGAGCGGUGGCAGCAGCACGCGAAGAACUGCUGCACGAGCAUAAAUCGGAAAUCGAAUCCCUGCGCUGCCGCUAUAAACUAAUGACAUCGAUGGAGCUUUCGCCGUCCGAAACGAGCUUGGAAAAGUUGGAGCGUCCGCCAUCCAACAUCGAUCAGAACGUGAUCGACCGCAGUGAACAUGAAGCUAUUGUGUCGCAAUUGCGUACCACAUUUGAAAGUGAAAAAGAGAAGGCCAUCGCCGCAGCAGUAGAAAUAGAACGCACUAUUUGGCAAACCAAGCUAAAUUUGAACUCAGAAUCUGUGAUGGGGAAUGUGAAUAUACUGAAAGAGAUGCUCGAGGAGAAAGAUCGACAGCUGGAUCUGGUGCGUAAGCAGAAUCUUUUGCUCACAAAAGAGAUCUACCAAUUGAAGACUCGCAUCGAUGCGCUCACCAAUGAAGAGGGAAACAGUUGGCUUAAGGAGAAAAUAGAGUACUUGAACCGUGACAAAAACCGACUGGAAGAAGAGCUUGUCACAGAGAAAGAGCGGUCCAAACGCUUGGAAAUGGAGACCUCUUUCGCUUUAAGGGCUCCAAGUUCUAGUCAUAAGUACAUGCUGUUGGACUCCUGCAAUAAGGGUGACAUCGUUUUUAUCGUAUGGAGUGUGCGUCAUAACCAGUACAUGGUGGUGCAGGACUCUCCAGUUUUGUAUUUUGUCCAUGGAGACAGCCUGUUGGGCAUGAAUCUGCGCAUGCCACUCGCUCCGGCACCAAGCGAAAGUACAAUAAUGGAAAACAUGCUCCUACCGGUGCCUUACUAUGCAAUUGGGCGUGUCGUCGAUAGAGAGUACUGUCAGGCCAAGAAGGAUGAAAAUCGCUACCGCGUUUCCAAAGGCACAAGAUUUUAUCGCAUAAAGCUAGCGCCAUUGUCCAGCAUGCAGCAUUGGAUUGCACGUCGCGAAAAAAUUGAGUCAUCAUUCUGUGCAUCCACGUCCACAUCGAUAUCGCAAUGCGAUACAAGCGCCGACAACGAGAGCAGUGCAUUGCUACCCACUGGAUGCAAAGCGCUCGUUCCCGUGAGUGGCUGUAGUCUAGCCUCUCCCACACAGCGUCACGCUCAAUUUUCACCCAAUAUUAGCACAAUCGAGGAGAGUGUUAUAACUACAAAAACAACAACAUCAUUAUCUUCAGGCGAUGUCGUUGAUUACACAGCAGUACACAUGGAAGCUUAUGACGAUACUUCAGCACCAAUCGCCACCACCGCAAUACACACUGAGGAUAAUAAUGAAAAUCCUACCACUUCAUCGAUGGGCGAACGUUGUCGCUAUACGAGCGUUAGCAUAGAAGAAGACCCGGAAAAUUUUGAAACUUUAACUAGCACGCCAACGACUAUGAUACCCACGCCUACUCAACAAUUACUGCUACAGACUGUGAUAACAGAGCAGCCAACUGCAUCAGGUAAGCAGCACGGCAUACCCUUAAUAACAGGUCCCGAUAAUGAGGCUGGUGAAAUGAGUGGCUGCUCAGCGGAUAUGAAGACAACAUCGUAUGGUACCGCCUGCAGCGAAGAUUCGGAUGAGUAUCGCUCUUUGGAGCCCAAGGAUGAGACGGACUUCGCUAUUUCUGAAUAGUUAUGCAUUAUUGUAUAUGCGGAGUAUAAUACCAAUAGCGCGUUUGCUAAAAAUGUGCAACAACAAAAACAAAACGAUACAACUUUUCAAAUAUUAACCGUAAUAAUUAAAA